AUGUCGCUAAUGACAAGAGUUUGCUGUAUUCUAAAGCCUAAAACCUUAAUAUUUCUAUUAUUGUUUAUUAUUUCCCAUUAUUAUUGUUAUUCUUCACAAUUGAACAAAAUUGCAGAACAAUUAUCUAAUUGUGGAAGAUAUACUGUUCGUAAUAAGACAAGUAAAUUAAUGGUUGAUGGCAGAAUAUUUGAUACAGUGGUGCCUCUAGGGAAUGGUUAUGAUUCUAAAAUUUUUCUCGCGUAUUCACCAGCAUUGGAUAAAUGUGUAGCAAUCAAGCGUUGCAUGGAACAACCAUGGGUGAACAAAUGUACAAGAGAAUUGGAGGUGAUGAAGGCUCUGAAUGCUUCCGAUGCUGGAAACGUUAAACUAUUUUAUUAUGAUAUAUCAAUUAAUCAAAAAUGUAACGAGGAGACGUUAUUUUCCGAUUUUUUGCGUGUUGUAAUAAUUGGCAGUAAUAGACGAAGGAAACGUGAAGUUGCAAAGAAUAAUAAAUCUUUAAGUAGGUUUUUAAGUUUCUUAUAUCAAUUUUUUCGAAAUGAUUAA